GAGAUGCGGGUUUGAUGGAGCAGUUCCGUCACCGCACUCCAUUCACGCGCAAUUACGCGUAAAAGCGCAAACGCACUAUUUCAACUUCAUUCAACAACGCGAAUUAUACAUCAGGUUAUGAUGAUUAAACAUGGGAGUAUAACAGUUCCACUUUAAAAAAGGAGCAGACACGAAUGGGUCGCUGUGAAGAAACUCUGCGGUUCGGGAUAUCCCAUGGGAGAAGAAUUUCUAGCAAAAAUGAACUUAAAUAUUGAACUUAAAUAGUUGCAAACCAGAAUGGAUGGAGACGGGUGGUUGUAAAGAGAGAUGUGUGCCACCUACAUGACCAUGCAGGGUGGUGCUUGACUGGUGACCCUGAAGAAAGUAGUAACCCGGACACAUCGGCCAGAUCCGUCUCACCUGAGGUCUUACCUGUACGAUCUACUCAUCUCCACGGAGCUGCUUUUAUUUUUCAUCUCGUUCCCACCUGCAGGAGGCACUGCAAUGAAUAAUCAUCAUAUUUUCAAACAUUACAAUUACACAGGGAAACUAGACAAUCGUAAUGCCACUGAGGGGGCACCGUUGAACCCUAAAACGUUGGUGUUUUUGGUCAUAUGCAGUCUCAUCAUCUUGGAGAACUUGAUAGUCUUGGUGGCGAUAUGGAAAAACCACAAAUUCCAUAACCGGAUGUUCUUUUUUAUUGCUAACCUGGCUUUAUGUGACCUACUUGCUGGUAUCACCUACAUAGUCAACCUGUUGAUGUCAGGGCAACGGACGCUACAGCUGUCUACUGCCGAGUGGUUUGUGCGUGAAGGAAGUAUGUUUGUAGCCCUGGGCGCUUCGAUCUUUAGCCUGUUUGCGAUUGCUAUUGAGCGGCACCUCACUAUGAUUAAAAUGAGGCCGUAUGAUGCGAACAAAAAGUACAGGGUGUUUUUGCUAAUAGGGACGUGUUGGUUGAUCGCAAUCACCCUGGGAGCGCUGCCCAUCUUGGGCUGGAAUUGUCUCGAAAACCUUCCACAAUGUUCGACCAUCUUACCUCUCUACAGCAAGUACUAUGUAGCAUUCUGCAUUACCAUCUUCAUAUCGCUGCUGCUGGCGAUUUCCGUGCUCUACAUCCGAAUUUACGUCCUCGUCAAGUCCAGCAGCCGCAAAGUGACCAAGCACAGCAACUCCGAGCAUUCCAUGGCUCUCCUGCGAACUGUUAUCAUUGUGGUGGGUGUCUUCAUCGCCUGCUGGACGCCCAUCUUCGUGGUCCUGCUUGUUGAUGUGGCCUGUGGACCCCGGAGGUGCCCGAUUCUGCACAAAGCUGAUUGGUUCAUAGCCCUGGCAGUUCUGAAUUCCGCCAUGAAUCCGGUGAUCUACACACUAGCAAGUAGGGAAAUGCGGCGGGCAUUUUAUAAGCUAGUAUGUGGGUGUUUGGUGGCUGAAGAUGGGGUAGAGGGUAAACAAAACACAGACCCUAGUAGAAGCAAGUCUAGCUCGAAUUGCCAGCGGGCAGCUGAGCAAGACAUCGUCGAUACACAUAAAACACAAAAUCAACCUGCUAACGAUAACAAGAGUGAAUCUUAGUGCAUAUAGUGGACAUGUUUUAGGCCUAAAGACCAAAGUAUACUUCGAUUGUCUGCGUGCCGCUAUGUGUUCGUCAUCAACAGGCAUGUCUGUGUACAGCCCAUUUUUUCUUGAUAUACGGACAGUUCGUGUCGUUUGUGCCUUCCAUUGACUGUGCAAAAGCAGUGUUCAUCUCAUCAACAAAAUUACAGACAAAAAUGAAGAAUCAUUUCCAGCAUGACUUUCAUUCUUCUGCUGAACACAAACGAAGAUUUUUAGAAGAAUACUUCAGCUCUGUAGGUCCAUACAAUGCAAGUGAAUGGUGACCAGAACUUUGAAGUUCCAAAAAGCACAUAACCGCAGCGUAAAAGUAAUCCAUAUGACUCUAGUGGUUUAAUCUAUGCCUUCUGAAGUGAUAUGAUAGGUGUGGGUGAGAAACAAAUCAAUAUUUAAGUACUUUUUUACUAUAAAUUCCCCUCGCUGCCCAGUAGGUGGCGUAUGCAUAAAGAAUGGGAAUCGCCAAAAACAAAAAGAAGAAUGUGAAAGUGAGAUUUUUAGUUAAAAGGACUUAAAUAUUUAUAUGUCUCACCCACACCUAUCAUAUCACUUCUGAAGUCAUGGAUUUAACUACUGGAGUCUUAUGGAUUAUUUUUAUGCUGCCUUUAUUUGCUUUUUGGACCUUCAAAGUUCUGGCACUGUAUGGACCUUCAGAGCUGAAAUAUUCUUCUAAAAAUCUUAAUUUGUGUCCAGCAGAAGAAAGAAAGUCAUACACAUCUGGGAUGGCAUGAAGGUGAAUAAAUGAUGAGAGAAUUUUCAUUUUUGGGUGAACUAUUUCUUUAACAAUGCACUAACUAUUUAUGCACUAUUAAUUUAUUUUUAAAGUCAAAUUCAGUGUUUAAAACAAGCUCAAUUGACAGCAUUUGUGGCAAAAAUUAAUUUCUUUAAAAAAAGCAAUGGAAGUGAAUGGGGCCAAUUCAUAAAUGUUUCAAAAGUAUAGCCAAAAGAAGACGUAAACAAUAUGUGUCUUAACAUGAUUUUACUGUGAUAAAAUCACAUACUAACCUUUUCUGUGUGAAGUUAUGUAAAAGUUUACAACUUAGUUGCCUUGAUGACGUAAUGCUUUAAACCCCAAAACACAAAAAUGAUCGUAAAAACAAUUUAAACAAAUUUACAGCUCAAACAAUGCCGAAGAAUUAAUGUAAGUGCUUUUAUAAAAUUAUAAGCUUCACAUUUCUGCAUUUAAACCCUCUAAAAAUGGGCCCCAUUCACUUCCAUUGUAAGUGCCUCACUAUAACCUACAUUUUUGCUUUUUUUUUUU